GCUUAUAUAAUUGUAUCAGUUUGAGAAAUUUCUUUAAUUAUAAACUUAUAAGAGACAAAUGGUAAUUUUAGUUUCCUUUGCCCUAAUUAAAUUGCUCUUAACCAACACGAGUUAUGAUACAGUAAUGAGUCUGUUACUCUCCGAAAUUUUAAACUCAAAAAAAAAAAAAGUUCACAGUUGGGGCCCACACAAUGUAAAGAUUAUAACCGAAACGGUUAAAACGACUUAGCGCGCGCUUUUUGAAUAAUUCUUCAGCUUCUUUAAUACUUGCAAUUUUAAUACUACUCGAUCAACACUUCAUUUUUUAUUUCUUUUAACAUCGGUUCUUCAUUAUGGAGAACAAAAACGACGACGAAUUCGAAUCGAUCGAGUCAUAUCCCAUUGAUGAUUAUCAUAGUAAGCCUCUACUCAACAUUUCAUUACAUACAAUUACAGAAACCCUAGGGUUUGAGAGCUUCAACGAGAAAUCAAACUGCAGUUCCGAAGAAUUAGAUGAACGAAGAUCAAGAUCAAGAUCAAAUACAAAAUGUACUAGUUCACCUUCACCAACAGUUAGAAAUUUCCCGCCACUUUUAUUGAGUAUGAACGAGAACGGACGGCCAAGAUUUGAUCUAGAAAUAGUGCGGGAAAAUGGACGGUUGCAGAUUUCAAGUGUGAAAAAUAAUCGGCCGGAGGUUAUUGUUGAACGUAUACCUCCAAGUGAAGAAAGUGAUGUCCUAGUUCGAAUAAAGUUUAUCGAUGGAAAAUCUUCUUCUUCUUCUUCUUCUUCUUCUUCUUCUUCUUCUUCUUCUUCUUCUUCUUCUUCUUCUUCUUCUUCUUCUUCUUCAUGUCUCCGAUUGUGUUCUUAUUGUAAUGAUUUUGACUGA